GUCGCGCCGCCCCUUCCCCUUGGACCCUUUCCGCGCCGGCCUCAAAAUGGCCGACUCCUGGCGUCUCUGGCGCUGUUGAAUGGAGAAAGCUUUAUUGUUCCCUUCGGGCAGGAGUGUUCGUGUCCUCUAUGGCGCUGUCAAUAAAGAACGGCAGUUUGAAUCGGUGCUGAACAGUUUCAGAGAGGCAGUGGCUAUUUACAGACCUCAGAGCCAAACUGAACCCUAGCUCUACCACACACUGUGGGAUCUAGUGUUCUGGAAGACAAGAAGAGGACUAAUCUUCGGGGCAGAGCUGAUGCAAUGGAGCUCCCCAACUACAGCCGGCAACUACUGCAGCAGCUCUAUACGCUGUGCAAGGAGCAGCAGUUCUGUGACUGCACCAUCUCCAUUGGCACCAUCUACUUCAGGGCCCACAAACUUGUCCUGGCUGCUGCCAGCCUCCUGUUCAAAACCCUGCUGGACAACACAGACACCAUCUCCAUCGAUGCAUCUGUGGUGAGCCCCGAGGAGUUUGCGCUCUUGUUAGAAAUGAUGUACACUGGCAAACUACCUGUGGGCAAGCACAACUUCUCCAAAAUUAUCUCUUUGGCUGACAGCCUACAGAUGUUUGAUGUGGCUGUUAGUUGUAAAACUCUUCUGACCAGCCUUGUAAACUGCUCUGUUCAGGGUCAGGUGGUGAGGGAUGUCUCCAUGCCAUCCUCAGAAUCAUUCAGGAAGAAAUCAGAGAAGCCUGAAGUAGAAACCCUUCCCGUUGUGGGGGCAGGAGCGCCUCAUUCAUCCUUUGAGGUUCCUGUCCCUCCGGUGGUUCCUGUGAAAGCUGAGGCUGAGGAACCCAUCCCUACUGUUGCACAGGAGAUGAGUGUGGGUCCUUCUACUGCCCAGGAGAUUCGGGGCAGUGUGGACAUGCCAGUGGAGACCCCUCAUUCAUCUGAAGUUUGUGUCCCCUCCCCUGUUGUGCAAACUUGUAAUGAGGCACAGGAGGCAAACACAGAACCAGAGCAUGAGAGGAAAUGCUGCCAGCUGAAUUUUCUUCUAGAAAAUGAAGAUAUCUUCUCCAGUGCUCUCUUGAGCACCCAGGAUGUUUUAAAAAGACUAGAAGAAUGUUCAGAAAUUAAAGGUGCACAGAAGGAGGCCAUAAUGGGGUGUCUUAAGGGUGAAGAAGGACAUUCAGCAUUCCAGAGAAUCCUGGAUAAAGUAAGAGAAGAGAGCCUGGAAGUUCAGACUGUCGUGUCGCUGUUAAGGCUGUACCAAGAUUCAAAUCCUGCGGUGAAGACGGCACUAUUAGACAGGAAACUGGAAGCUGUGGCGGCAGAGCAGCCAAAAGGGAGCACAGAGGAGGGAAAGACCUUGUCUGUUCUGUUACUGGAACACAAAGAGGACCUGAUCCAGUGUGUAACACAGCUGAGACCUAUUAUGGAGUUCCUGGAAACUGCCAAGGAGGAAUUCCUGACUGGCACCGAGAAAAGGGUGAUUCUGAAUUGCUGUGAGGGCGGAACACCCAAGGAGACAAUAGAAAAUUUGUUGCACAGAAUGUCGAAAGAGAAGACCCUGACUGCUGAGAGUUUGGUAAAACUCCUCCAGGCUGUGAAGAAGUCAUUCCCAAACUUGGGCCUUCUGCUGGAGAAUUUGCGGAAAAUAGCCACUUUGCCGAGCACCACAGUCCAAGCAAGCCCUGGUGAUUAUGGCACUGAACUAUUGAGACGGUAUCACGAAAACCUCUCUGAGAUUGUCACAGACAACCAGAUGUUACUAAAAAUGAUCUCACAUGUGAAGAGUUUAGCCCCUGGAGAAAGAGAGGUCAUGGAGAAGCUUGUGAAAUGUGACGCUGGUUCAGGUGGUUUCAGUUCCCUGAUGUCAGCAGUCCUAGAAAAGCAGAUUCUCUCUGCAACAGCCAUUUGGCAAGUGCUGCUGGUGGCUCAGGAGACAAAGACCUGCCCAUUGAAACUGCUCAUGGAGGAAAUCCGCAGGGAACCUGGCGCCAACGCUUUCCUCCGGGCAGUGACUGCCCCAGAAAGUGCUGCCUUAGAAGCCAUCCUGAGGCAUCACACAUCGAUCCUUGAGGCCAUCGAGCAAAGCAAUGACAUCAAGGGCUUUUCCUCAGAAGAAGAGCACCUGGCAGAGGAUGUCAAAGAGAUUCUGAGCAUUUCCUCUGAGACAGCCAGCCCUGAAGCUUCCCUGAGAGCAGUGCUGAGCAGAGCCACGGAAAAAUCCGUUUCGGCCGUUGAAAUAUGUCACCUCCUGUGCCGCAUCCACAGAUUUUCCCCAGGCCUGCAGCCUGUCGUGCAGGAGUUAGCGCGCAUGGGUUUCCUUACUCAGGAAAAUGGAGAGGAAGAAAAAUGGAAGGUGAGUGAUAAACUUCACCUUGAAGCUACUGACAAAGCAGAGGGAAAGACAGCCGAUCCGGCUGAAGAAGAAUGCCAGUCCAGGAAACAGAACCAUCAGGGAGAGCCUGGUUCCUUGCCAGAACCACCCGAGAAAGACACUUCCGCGUCCCCAGACUCCGCCAAAAAGAGUUUUGUCUGUCAGGCCUGUGACAAAAGCUUCCACUUCUACUGCCGCCUGAAGGUGCACAUGAAGCGCUGCCGGGUGGCCAAGAGCAAGCAGGUGCAGUGUAAGGAGUGCAACGAGACCAAAGAAUCCAGGAAGGAGCUGGAGAAGCAUCAGCUGGAGGCCCAUGGUACAGUUGCAGAAGCCGACAUCCCCAAGAAGAAGAAGAAGAGGCUUCCAGUGACGUGUGACCUCUGUGGAAGAGAAUUUGCUCACGCCUCAGGCAUGCAGUACCACAAGCUGACGGAGCACUUCGAUGAGAAGCCUUUCUCCUGUGAAGAGUGUGGGGCAAAGUUUGCAGCCAAUUCUACCCUGAAGAACCACCUUCGCCUUCACACUGGGGACCGCCCGUUCAUGUGCAAGCACUGCCUCAUGACCUUCACCCAGGCCUCUGCCCUGGCCUACCACACCAAGAAAAAGCACUCGGAAGGGAAGAUGUAUGCGUGCCAGUACUGUGAUGCUGUCUUUGCCCAGUCCAUCGAGCUGUCCCGCCACGUGCGGACCCACACUGGGGACAAGCCAUAUGUCUGCAGGGACUGUGGCAAGGGCUUCCGGCAAGCCAACGGCCUCUCCAUCCACCUGCACACGUUUCAUAACAUAGAAGACCCCUAUGACUGCAAGAAGUGCAGGAUGAGCUUCCCCACUCUGCAGGAUCACCGCAAGCACAUCCACGAGGUGCACUCCAAGGAGUACCACCCCUGCCCUACGUGUGGGAAGAUCUUUAGCGCCCCUUCCAUGCUGGAGCGGCACAUGGUGACCCACGUUGGAGGGAAGCCCUUCAGCUGUGGGAUCUGCAACAAGGCCUACCAGCAAUUGUCUGGCUUGUGGUACCACAACCGGACCCAUCAUCCUGACGUGUUUGCUGCUCAGAACCAUCGAUCUUCCAAGUUCUCGUCACUCCAGUGCAGCUCCUGUGACAAAAUGUUUUCCAACACCAUUGAACACAAGAAGCACAUUAAAACGGAGCACACAGAUAUGAAGUUCCACGAGUGUGACCAGUGUAAGGAGCUCUUCCCCACGCCAGCUCUGCUGCAGGUUCACAUCAAGUGCCAGCACUCAGGCUCGCAGCCCUUCAAGUGCCUGUACUGUGCAGCGACUUUCCGCUUCCCGGGUGCUCUGCAGCACCACGUCACCACGGAGCACUUUAAGCAGUCGGAGAACACCUUCCCCUGUGAGCUCUGUGGGGAGCUCUUCACCUCCCAGGCCCAGCUUGACGCUCACUUGGAAUCUGAACACCCAAAGGUGAUGGACACUGGAACCCAAGCAGCAGCCUCACAGAUGGUGCAGGUGAUCCAAACCCCAGAGCCGGCGGCCCCGGCGGAGCAGGUGAUCACGUUGGAGGAGACCCAGCUGGCUGGCUCGCAGGUGUUCGUGACGUUGCCAGACUCGCAGACGUCCCAGAGCAGCUCUGAGCUGGUGGCUGUGACUGUGGAGGAUUUGCUGGACGGUACGGUGACCCUGAUCUGCGGCGAGGCCAAGUGAGUGGCUGCUGGACUGGUGGAGGGGUCCUGCACUUGCAGCAGGCAUGGUGCCCUGCACUUUGCCCUUGCCCUCCGUCCUUGGCCAUCCUGAAGGGUGGGCAUCCUAGCCCAGCAGCAACAAAGUGGUCUCCCUAGGGAAACAGACCUAAGUGUCACGGUUCUUGUAGACCUGACGAUGUCUGAACAUCGAUACCAACACUACCGCCUUCCGCAGGAGGCAGGCCUUCUUCCCCACAGACUUGCUGCUGUGGCCUCUGUGACACUGUUCAUCCCCAAGUGGAGUGUGGCUUCUGAGGUAGAGUCUGAGUGAGCGGUGGCAUGGGAGCGGUGGCAUGGGAGCCUUCAAGUGGCGGCUAGAGGUGGGGCUGAUGUGCUGCUGGCACCUUUGGCCACUUGAAACUAGAGACAGACACCAACAGCCCCUCUGAGGACCCCCUGCCUUGAGCACACUUGGCCCUUCCUCUCUUUUGUCAUCCUCCACCUACUUGGGUGCCCAGCCCGCCUGGUGGUGGUGGUGGGACGGGUAACGCAUGUUAACACAGGAAGCCCUCAUGUCUGGGUCCAGCCCUGCCUUGCCAGGACCAACAGCCCUUUCCAAGCGAAGGCUGUGGAGUGUUUCUAUGGAGGAGUUCAAUGUGACACCAUCCAGCUAUGAGACAUUUUCUGCCUUUCCUGCAUAUUCUUCCUGGUGUUCUACACACGAAGGCUGGUUCCUGCAGUUUUUCCUUGUUAUCCUCAUCCCCUUUCCCUAAUCAAAGCCUAAAACUUCUAUAUGGCCCCAGGGCCUUGCCCCUCGCUCUGAAGCAAGUUAGGUGGGGAUGACCCAGCAUUGUGCCUCUCAGCUGCCCUUCCUCCUGCACGGCUUUCCGGGCCUCCUGAGGGCCUGCUGUCUGAGCUCUUCAGGCCGCCACUGCCACUGGAGGUCAGUGGUCCUGUGGAGUGUGAAUUUCAGAUCCUUUUUAUCUUCAGUUCCUAAAAUAUAAUCUCAUAAUUAAUGGUUUGUGGAAUCCACUAUGAAGUGCAAUUAAAUGGAUGUAGGUUUCUGCCACUUGGAGGGAACGACAAGCAUUUAUCUUCCUGAUGCUGACACCAGAGCUUGAAGUCUGCUGGUGUCAUGUUUACAUUCCAGCAGGACUGGCUGCCACUUGUGUGGCUUGACCUCCUGCGGUGGGUAGUGCCCAAUUUGAUCAGCGCCUCGAGGUACAGGCUGCCAGAAGAUAAGCCUACCCGCUCUAUAUCACACGUGGCCAGGUACAAGUGGGGUGGCGGGUCCAUUUGGGUGAUCAUGGGGACUUGUGUUACAUCCACACAUCCCUGGAAGCACCGAAGGUGGAACCUUAACACUGGCCAGUGUGCUCGCUGACUGACCAUCCUGCUCAGGCAACACCGAGCUCUAGCUUGGGCCACCUCACCCCAGGUAGCCCCUCCUCCAGUUGUGUCCUCAUUUUGAUAGGCAGAUCACUGGAGCCUGUCAGCUCCAGGCUCUUCCCAUUCUGAAGUAAAUGAAGUUUUCAAAGGAAAGACGGCCUCAAAAGCCAAAAACUGACCAGAAGAUGGUGCUCAAACCUUUAAGACUUCGCCUCCACGUGAAGCUUCCACCAGGCUGCUCUGUCUUCUUAGGCUUCUCAGUCCUGUGAGCUGUCAGACCCGUGCAAGUGGCCACAUAAUACCCACUGCUAGUAGAGUGGUUUGUGCUUCCAGGGCCUCGAGGCCAAGUCUGGCAGAGAAGAAUGCAAUGCCUCACAAGCCAUGGUCCUUGGUGGGAACUGCGGUAUCAUCAAAUCUUUUACCAGCCCAAACCCAAAAUAAACAAGAAAUUAAUUGCUGAGGGUCUGUAGGGGAAAGUGACUUUUCUUUUUGAAGAAGUUUGAGGCAGAGAAAGCUGUAAGUUUUAAACCCAAGUUUGAGAUCUUUGCAAGUACAAGUAUCAAAUGAAGACCCGGAUGUGGCAGGACAUUGGUUUUCCUCAGAAUCGCCAGAGCACAAGUUGCCAUGUGGCAAGAAAGCAGAGAAGUCAGACCUGCUGCUGGAAGGCCUCUCACCCCGCAGCACCCUUGGCAAGAGGCACAAAUCUGUGCUCUUCUACUCAGGAGUGAGGGAAAGAGCCAACCCGACUUGGACUUUGCUCUGAAUGGCCUUUGUGGGAGGCUGCAUUGGCAAUGAUUUUUACACCAGGUUGUUCCCUAGAGACACCCCCAUGUGGAUUUUGUUGUAGGAAGAUUUUUUUUCCUAGCUCUCCUGCAUCAUUUUGCUCUUUUCUCCCACUUCUGCCCAAGAGACCUUUGGAAUUGCUACCACAAAGGCCAUUGUUGUGGCCUCCUUUGCCCCACAUCACUUGCUUUCAUUAUUGUGGUGGUGGUCUCGUUGCCAUGGGUGCUGCUCUUGUGGUCUCCGACCUGAACCCUGAGGCAUUUGUGGUGGCAUGGAGGGGCCUGGGGCGCUUUGGGACACUUGGAUGUGUCUAGUGGAACCCCAAGCCUUCUCUGCUCCCAAGGCUCCUGAAGUGGCCAGUGAGGAGGGAAAGGCAGGCAGAUUCCAAGCUGGAGUCUUAACUCUGUGGGAAUAAUGGGGGUCACUUGUGGAACAGAAUUUAUCCACCCCAGUAACUGGGACAGCAGCUAAGGAUUCAAGAGCAAGAAUUCCUGUAGGAAGAUGAGACCCAGUGUCCAGGUAUGUGAGCAGAACCUGGGACCAGAGGGGCCAGAUGGGGCAGAGAUAACGGUUUACUUAUUUUAUCAAGUCUGUCUCUUCUGUCUCAAAGCUUUCUGUUUGAAGACACUGAGGCCAGCAUCGUGAAUACUGGCUGCCUCUGGUGGCUCAAAUCCUCUCUGAGGAAACCUUCUGCCUCUCCCCUCCCACCCAGCACAGACCACAUGUCAGCCUCAUCCUCCAGGGAGAGUCUCUGAGAGUCGGGCUAAGAGUCCUACAGGGAUGAGUAAGGAGACUUCUCUGCUCCUGGUCCAGAUAGGUAGAUACCCCGAGUUGGGAAAGAAGAGAUGGGGCCCAGAGAGUCCCAGUCUCACGCCAGGUGGUGUUGCAGUCACCGCAAGUUGAUGCCAUAUUGAUGAGAAGGAAGGGUGGUGCCUUUACUGUGCAUGUGCCUGAGACGUUUGACCUGAGAGAAGGAACUGCUAAGCUUAUGUAGAAUGGUUCUAGGGGACAAGCAAUAAUUCUGUACAUUGAGGCUGGAACGUGAGAGACAGCGAUAGGGAGAUGCUGGGAAGCUUUAAUCAGUCCUCCUGAAGGAAGAAUUUGGCAGCCCCAGCCCUGCUCUGCUGGCCCGCUGUAUCCCAGGGAUAUUUGGGAGGUAGGGGGAAACGGAAGCAAAAGAAAGCUCUGGGGUUGAAAAGGAGCGUGGGUGCAAGUUGGUGAUUGUUUUGUUGUCAUGCAAAGCCACAGGCUGGUGGUACUUGGGCCAAAAGCUCACAGCAGCCAGAGUCCUGACGCUUGCUACGUACAGGAAGGGGGUACUGUCUGUGCUUUGGGGAUUAUAUCUGUAAAGGGGGGAAAAUUAUCCUCUCAGCUAAUUUAGAUCAUUCCAAAUCAUGGAAUGGCUUCCCUGCCAAAGGCCAGCCUCGCCUGCUCCCGCUGUGGUCAGGACAACCAGCAGCACAUGAUACUGUUUAAAUUGAUUACAAACCAUUAUUCGUUUUUAGCUGGCACUACUAUAUAAAUAAAAUAUGUACCUUGAAAGAAAUGAUGCUGCCUGAGUUUCAGAUGGACUGUGAUGACAUGGACCUGUUUUCUCUUGGGUUCUGGGCAGCAGUUGUCAUGGCCUGGGUUGGGGGGGCUGGUGCGGGGAGCUCUCCUAUCGAGCGGAGUUUUGUAUCCUAAACCCUCUUUCCUGGGACACAAGCGCUGUGCAGUGUCUGGGAGACAGGCUUUGGCAUCAGACCUGGGUACCAGGUCAGCUGUGCUGCUUUCUGACUGACCCUGGGUGACGUGCUUCCCUCUCUGGGCGCCCUCCCUGCUCCGUCUCUCAAUGAGGGAGAUCGCUGUUUUACCCCCACAGAAUUGUCGUAGUACAUAUUAAAAACCUGUAUUUAAUUAAUUUAGGUUUGAAGUUUUUAGUUGUUAUUAACAAGGUGCUUCACCUACAGGUCAACUAUUCCCUGCAGUUUCUAGAACGAGGAGACUGUUCAUCCUGACACCUUAAUGUGUCUCUCUUUUUCCUCUCUGUGAGUCCUUAGGGAUCCUUGUAACACCCACCACUUUUCACUUAUUUCUUGAAUCACAACUGCCCCAAAGCACUAAGUGCUGAGCAGAUAACUAUAAAAUAAGCAGAAACCUUUCCUGGCGAACAGCUGGAAAUGUCACGUUGCUGGCAGGCAACAAGGAAACAGGAGAGACACAGAUAGGCCGAGCUUGGUGUCAGUGUGUAAGGCGGGGAGGCGUCACCUGUGCAGCCCUCUGCUGGGGCAGGCCCUGGGGCUGGGGAGGCUGGACUGGGCGGGCCGUGCUGACAUUUCCCAGGACAGUCCUGGAGAACAACUAGGGUCCUGAGCCCAGAGGGCUUUUAGGAGCCAUGCCCCUCUGCCUCGGCUGCGUCUCUGGAGAGCUGCUGCUGUCUGUCAUACUGGAGUGGUAAUCCUGAGUGUCCCAGGUACGCAGGGGUCACUGUUGCAUAGUCAGGCUGUAGCCAUGGAGGUGAAUCUGGAUAGAGGAGAUGCUACUGCAGGUCAGGAAGGAUGACGCCGUGUGAUUCCUGCUUGGUCCUGGCCGCACAGUGGAGGGUGUGAACCCUGCCCUGCUCACCUCUCGCUACACAUGACCUGGGGGGUCAUUCCUGACAUGAUCCUGAGAGGUAACGCUGUAAACUGCCCAGCGGAGCCUGUAGAUGCUUCACAAAUGAUACCCCCUAAUGUUUAUAGCAGCUGAAAAGAAACCGGAGGAAGAGCGCAGAGAAGGAAAAGAGGGUACGUAAUGGAUCCUGAGAUAGAGGGCCUGGGUGAGACUCAGCUCUGUGGCCCCAGAGCUUCUGUCCGGGACCAAGCGAGUGGUGAUCAAGGGGGUGGCCCUGCCGGGUUAGAACAGGGUCUCCCAGAGCCCUUGGGCAUCGCUGCUGGGCUGCUGUCUGAGUCACGGCACAGGUUGUGCGUGGCAGGUAUCUCGUGAGAACGGGGGAAUCAGCGGUGCUGAACCCGUAAGGAUUCUGUACUCUCGCCUUGCUUCUUGAGCCUUGUUUGUUUUGUCCCCCAUGAGCUUAUGCUCAGGCUUGUGUCUGGGAUAAAAGUACCUGUGACGCCAUGGGACUCACCCAUUGCCAAGGGGCCUCCCCUUUGUUUGGAAACGCCCAGAUUUGGAGCUCUCGCUGAGAAGAGGGGGUCUAGGACGUGGGCAGAGAAACCGAGCUCGUUUUCUCCUGGUGAACAUUUCUCGGACUUUCCCCUAUGUCUGUCCCAUUCUCUGCCCUGUCACCCGGUGCUGCCCAGUGUCCACUAGGUCGCUGCUUCUGCUCCACACGCUUGGCACUGGACUCAGCGCUCAGGUGCUCAACAGAUGUUGCUGCUGCUCUGCCAGGAACCGGCAGCACCGCUUACUUGUCCUCUGGGCCCUCAGAGAGAACCCAACUUCCACAUCUCUCCCCGCCAGCAAAGCUUUCCCCAGGUUACCUGGGGGCUGCUCUAUCAGAACAUCCUCCUUCCUUUGUCCUCCGAGGAGAGAUUUGCAGAAGGCCAAGGGCAGCUGCCGGCCCGGGCUCCCCAGCUGCUCUGAUCAAACACCACUCCUGCCGCUCUUCUCGAGCUGCUUCCCCCAGCGCAGGCCAGAAACAGCUGAUCAAACACAUCAGGACAAGGUCAGUCCAGGGACCCACAGUCCCCUCUCCAGGGGUGAUUUCACAGACCUGCCAUGAGAGGGUCUGAUAAAAAUGGGCUGGGACCAGAGAAGGGGGGCCCCCAGGGCUGGCCCAGGACCAGCUUUUCAUUCCAUUUAAGGUUGAAACCUCUGAAAUCUGCACAGGGUCCAGACAGAAGCCAGUAUUUCCAGAGAGGCCAGGGCUGGAGCUGCCUGUGAGCCCAGGAAGCUGGUGUGCACUGCUGUGCAGCCUGACUGCGGGGGGAGACGUGUCAGGUAGUCAGGGAAGACGAGUGUGGGUUCAGGAGCAUGGGAUUAUCACAGGCUGACUUAAGAUCCUCCCUCACUAAACUCGACUCUUUCAAGGGCAAGAGCCAUGCAUUAUCCUCUUUGUUCACACACACACACACACACACACACACUCAGCCUGGCACAGCAGGGGUCUGAUUGCACAAGUCUCUUUUAGACCCGAAGUUCUGGAGUCUCUGAGGUUCUGUCAUGUGCUUAGUCCCAGCCCAGAGGCUGCGGGAAUGCGUGUGUAUCGGGCUCGAAGGGUCCACGCGCCUGCGCUGGGGACUAGUGACCUGGCUGACAGGCAAGGAGCGCAGACAGGAAACUAGACCAGAGGCACCCAUGCCAUCCAGGUGCAAGAAUGCCUAAUUAAUAAUUACUGUAAUUAAGCGCUUGUCACAUGUUGGAUUCUGGAGGAGAAGCUUUAUGCUUUGAUUUUUAUUUCACCAACACUGUGAUGUAGGUGAAGUCAUUACCCCGUGUUAGAGGUGGGGACCCCAACACCAGAGAAGUCACCGGUGAGUCACAGCCAGCAAGCAGCACAGCUGAGGUCUGAACUUGGCUCUUUCACUCUGGGGCUGGCUCUUAAAAAAUCAAGCAUUUCUUGCUUAACACCCAGGCAGCUGGAAAAUACCUGUCAGCCACCCUCCCCAGUCCUUCAUCAGCCUGGUCUGUCCCACUGCUGCUCUCCCUUUCUCUCCCCUACCCAUCCUGCCAGGCCGAACACUCUGCUGUUACCACCUGUGGUGUCGGUAGCAACAUGUCCUCUGUCUUGCUUUGGGACUAGACCUCUGGCUGCCACCCUUGAAGGUCCCUGCCGCCCUCACACUGUCACCAGUCCUCAGUUGCACUUGCUGGCUCAGCCUGCGCUAUGGAGUCAGAACAGCCAUGGGGCCUGCCUGAACCCAGGGGGGCAGCCCGCCCCAUCUCUCCCAUACCCUAGGCUCCUGAAGGGAAAAUGUUUUCCAGAACAGCAGCCAUUUUAUUGGAGAGGAUCAGAUCAGAAGAUAUUGUAGCUGCAAUGGUUUAGAGCCCCAUUUAGAGGUCCUCAGGUGUGGGUUUAAAUCCCUGCUCUGUUCCUGGUAGGUGUGUGGCUUUGGGAGUAUUAACUUUUCUUCCUCUUGAUGUUUUUUGUCUUUGUAGAUUGGAGGUAAUAAAACGUCUUAGGGAAAUUGUGCAGAUUAGAAGCAUGUAUGACUCUGGUGCGGGCCAUAGGUAGCAAGUGCACCUUAAAAAUCAUACCAGCUGUGCUAGCAGGAGACACUGGGCUCCGGGGUGGCUCCUAUCCCAAUGCAGGACCCCACUGGGUGCUUCUGAGGUAUGGGUAAGGUGGUUUCCUGCAGCAGGGAGAUGGGGAUAAAAACAAGUGCAAGCUGGACACUCUGGAGGCAGGUCCUGGUCUUAGCCGCCUCUUUGCCGCCCCCCACACCUCCUUCCCAAUGUUUGGCACAGGGCUGGUGCCCAGGUGUUUACCUGUUGUAUAAGUAGGUGAACAGCAAAAUUGGGAGCAGAGCCAGGGUCUGUGGAUUCCUGGGACGCUGCUCCUGAGCCUCAGAGCCAGACUGCACAGCCCAGGGCUGUGUCCUGUUCUGAUUGCAGACUUUCUGGACUGGCCUGGCCCCAGGGUCCUGGCAGUAUGACCCCAGCAGAGCUGUGAUCUCAUUCUGCCCUCUGUCCCAGCCUGGUCCAUUUCUUGGAGGAGGGCUCGCGGGCGGGCAGGACACAGCAGGGAGACAUGGCGAGUGCAUGGCCCAACUUGGCCUCCCCACUCCUGCGUGGACACACUAGUCCUAUAAAGCCUCACUCAGGAGCCGCACUCUGCUAUUUUCAGGUCACUUUCAUGUGCAUUACUGAUCCACAAGCAAUACGAAAAGUCAGAGUUGUAUCUUCAUCAUCACUUUUACAGUGAAGGGACUCAGACCUCAAGGUGGACUUGCAGGCCAGGUUUCUGAUAGCAGGUAUGGGCUUUUCCUACCUGGCUGGCUGUGUCUGUAGUGCCUAUAUUUCCGAGCACUUUCAAUCCUUGGCUUGCCUGACUCUAGUGGCAGUGCUCCGCUACCGGAGGGGGUAGAAUUGUUCCCCUAAUGAGGCUGCAGGAAGCAAUGCCCCUGGUCACUCACUGAGUCAGUGGCAGAACCAUAGUCGGGGCAGCCGGACCCAGCUUCACACCUGCUUUUCGAGGGAAGUACAGCUUAGCCCCUGACUGAGGGGACUGGGGUGCAGCGGACCUGACAGCUGGGAGGAGCUGAGUGCUUGCGCUUGUUACCGCCUGCCCCCAGCCUGGCCACCCUGCAUCACCCCAGCCUGAAUCUGCAUUCAGGUCCCUGGAUGAGCACUGCCCAGUAGGGUCACUGUGGUGGGAAAGAUGGCCUGUUCUGCGCUGUCCAUCGUGGGAGCCACUGGUCCAGUGGGUUUUGAAUGCUUGAUGAGUGGCUAGUGAGACUGAGAAACCAAAUUUUAAAAUUGUUGGCUGUGGCUGGUGGCUGUCAUACUGGGCAGCACAGGACUAAAUGGAGACCUGGGUGAGGCUCAUACAGGAAGUGACAGAGCCCAAAUUUAAGCCCAUGUGUGCCCAGAGGUGCCCAGCGUCAGGGGGAUGCACACGAGGGGCCGCCUCAGCUGUGCUGCUCACUGGCUGUGUAACUGGUUGGUGACGCCUCUGGUGUUGGGUCCCUGUCUGUAACAUAGGCAGUAAUAGCUCCUACAGCACAGUGUUGGUGACUGGAGCAGAGUGGGUGAGCGGAGAGUAGGAGAUAAAGUUAGAGCUUAUGCAGGACCUUCUAGGUCAUUUUUUAAGCGUUUGGCCAGGAGGGCUUGAGCCAACGCUGGCAGCACUGUGUAAGGAGUAAAUACAGGGAUAAAGGGUGGGAGCUCUGAGAUUACUUGGGGGCUGGUGCAAUAUCUCAUCGCAGCAGAAUUUCAUAAAAAUUAAAGUGAGGCUGCCACCAAAUAAGUUUCUGAGUGGCUCAUUUGUCAGCCAUGCAGGGAAAAUGAGGAUGGCUUGGACCACGGAAGUAAAGAGUGGUCGGAUGCUAAAAAUAGAGCAAAUAGGGUUGGAUGUAGGGUCUGAGGAAAGAGAGAUUUGGGGUCUGAAAUUGGGAGCAUGAGGUUGCCAGGUGCUAUGAGGGGAGAGCCAUGAGAGGAAAGGUUAUGGGGGAAGGUGAGGAGUUCACUUUGGGGUGCUUUGUUUGACUUGCCAUUAAAAUUGACGCCCAAGUAGAGCUGUCAAGUAGGCAGCUAAAGUGUGAGUCUAGAGUUGGGGGUUGAGAUCACCCUGCCCAGUGUACCUAUUUUGCUUCCUGAGGCCUACCUGCCAUCACCAGAACUUUCCAGAAGCCCAGGCAGCAGUUUAGACCCCACCUCCUCAGCACAGGGCAGAGACCAGGCAUCACAGACUGCCCUUUGUCCAUCUCUGCAUUCAUCCAUCCAUUUACCCACCAUGCCCUGUGCGUCUAAUCUGUGUCAGACUCUGCCAGGAACUGAGAAUGCAGGAAUGAGUAAGGACCUCCCCUCGACAGGCUUGCAUUUGGGUUGCAGAUUCUCUAAACCCCCGCCCUACUGCCCACCUCCCCUGGCCUCAGUGUUUCUAUCAGUUGAGUUUGGACCAGACAGUCUUUAAGAGUUCUGCUAACUUGGAUCUCCCAUAACCUCACCAGGCCAAGCCCUUGCUCUCCUCUGAGCUGGGUCCGGGGCAGAGCUAGGGGAUGUGUCAGCUCCCAGUUCCCGUAACACCCAUGUGACCAGCGCAUGUGCCCUCACAUCGAUUUUACGGUCUUCGUGUUCCACCAAGAGGUGAUUAAGUCAAGCCAGCAAGGGACGUUUGUGGUCCACAGGACUUGAGUAAGGCUUGUUUUCGAGUGGGUGAUAAUUGGCUAUUGGAGUGUGAACAAACUUACUCUUUACACAUAAACAGGCAGAUCCCCACACAGUGCAUAUACAUAUACACAGUAUAUACACAGCGCUCAGAUUUCAUGGGGGUAGAGAUUAGGGAUAUGUCUUCAAAGGCUCUUUAGGUUAGUAAAACUGGAAACAAGAACAGAUUCCCAGCUUAGGGAAGGGAGCGGGGCUCAGGGCUUGGAGCACACACUCCAGUGACCACUCAGAGGCCGGGUGCUGGUGCAGGGACAGGACAGGUGAGGUCCUCACUCCCAAAGAGCCUCGGCAGGGCAGGGGUGAGAGUCAGGAGGGUCAGAGAGCCCAGGCCAUGCAGGACUAGGACAGGUAGGUAGAGCUGUGGGUGAGUGCAGCCCCCUGUCCAGGGUAUGGGAAGCAGAUGCCUUCGUGGAGUGAUUCCUUGGGUAGGUGAGGUGCAGAGCAGGUUGGAGGGAGGCUGAGAACUUCUUGCAGAUCCUCGGGUCAAAAUCUCACCACUGGAAAAUGCAUGGAAUCCCCCCAUUAGAACUUCACCUCAACUGGAGAGACUGUUGUUGAUGGCUAUCUGAUAGUCACAGGAGGAGAUGGGGGAGCACCUGACAGCAGGCACGGGUGGGUAACGGACUCAGGCAGGGCUGGGUUUAAGAGACAGAUGUACGGGCCCUUGGUCGUCUGCUCAGCUCUCCCCUGGUAGGCCCUGGGCUGUCUGAGAGCUGCCAUCUCCCCCCUUCUGGGGACAUUUAUAAACAGAGCACGCACUGAGGAGAUGGGCUCAGGGGCAGCCGGAGACCCUGGAGACCCCGAGCCAGAAAAGGGAAGGCCCAAGGGGCUCUGGAGCUGUCUUCACAGACCUUUCAACUGUCAGAGGGAUCUGCUCAGGAUGAGUCGCAGCCUGGCUCCAACCCCCUGCAGUGCCUGAGAUGCUGUCCUGGCAGCUUCGUUGGCCGAACGGGCCCUCCGAGAUCUGACCUCUGCCAGCCUCCCGGCCUCAUCACUCACGAUGCCCCGUCUCACACUUCACCCCCGAGGUUAUCAAACUGCCAGUACCCAGCCCCCACCCCUCACUUGCGUCCACUCAGGGCCAGUAGCAAGAACAGCUCCCGAGUGGCUACUGUGCUGGCCCCAUCCUCCCUCUUUUCCUGGCCAGCCCCCGCCUGUCCGUGAAGACGUUUUAGGUGUGACUCAGAUGCCACCUUUUCCGGGAAGUCCUCUGUGCCCCUUGUACCAACCCCUUCCCCAGAUCCUCAUUCUGCUGUGGCUGUUGCCAUCCGUGUCUGCACUGCCAGCUGGGCCGGGGCG